AUGUUGAACCAUUCGCUCUCAGACCAAGUCCUCCAACCACCCUUCACUCAGCUUGCCAGCAACGAACCUCGCAAUACUCAGGAUGUUGAUGCCAAUACUGCCACCGGAGAAACGCAAAGGCCGUCAGCAGGCUGGCUCAGGAAUCCUGCCUGGAUUGAUGGUGGUGUAAAUCCGCCCAAGUAUUAUUUCUCUCAUGAAGAGAUUGAUGCAGCCUGCCGCAUGUCUGGAGUAGAACCACCUCCUCGAUACACCCAGCCUGAGACUGUGGUCGUCCCAUCUCAGCCGUAUGAUAUCCUUUCCUCAAGGGUUUCACCAACACCAGUCCCUGCAAAUAACCAUUACCGCGCUGCUGGACCAUUGGGAAACAGCAUCGACGUACCUCCACCUAAUGGGCAUCUCGUCAACAUCACACAUACAUACACAUCAACUGAAUUGACUAGCUCCCGAAAUGCGAAGCCUUCUGCUCCGAAGAAGAAGGCAACGACAAUGCUGGGCAACAUCACUCUUGAAGGCAUUACACGUGUGGCCUUCAUCAAGGCUAUCCUCGCCGUUCACGACCUUCACACCCAGUUUGCCCCUGGUGUUCAUUCCGGUCCUCCAUUUAAGCUCUCAUGGACUGGUUCUACUGGUGGGAAAGGCAACGCACCGACUUUCUUAACAGACGAAAGCUUCAGCCUUGCCCUCGCGGCCGUACUCAAGAAGGACAAGAAGAAAAUCCAGGUUACUGUUGAGUUCGACACGGACAUGAUGUCCAGCUAUCGUAUUCAACACCAGGCCCCCUCUUUGAAUGCAACUACAAACGAUGGCGACGAUGAGCUUCUCUAUGGAACCAGGAUCCCACAACUUGCCCAAUUCAACAACGCUGAGCAGAUCAAUGGAAGAUUUAUCUUGGAGAUCAAAAAACGGUGGCCGUGCGCUUCUCAUCAAGGAGAGCAUGGCGAGCCAGGCCAUUGUUUCAUCACAGCAUCCGGAGGACAUCUGCGACUCAACCCCCUCCAUCUCAAGAUGUGGGCUGCUGCCAUGGCAUCUGGAGACAUCACAAAGCAUGAUCCGCCAUGCACAGAGGCCUUUGAUGGUCCGCGCAAUGGUCAGAUCUCUUCCAUCCGAGCACGUGGCCGCUCAGGUGCAGGCACGAUGUCGACGCUUCCUGCUCCAGCCAACAAUGACAUGAUGACCCUUGUCAUGGCGUCUCUCAUUCCUGUCCUCGGUGGCUUAUCCCGCAAACGAUCACAUUCUGAAUCCCCCAGCCGAUAUUCGUCUCCGCUUUCCAAGGGUGCACGUUUUGAGUUCCACCAAUUCGCAACCAGCCCAAUUUCCAAACCCCAAAGCGCCCUCGCCCAACCUCCUGCCUCCCCCAUCUCUAUCCCAGCCCCUGGCUUUGAGUUGCGAGCAUGCCUUUGGGAAUUUGCUGAGCUUGAGGCUGUCGACAUGACACCAUUUGAGAUUGCACUGCGUGCUGAGGACUUUACCCCUGACAUUAUAGCCUUGGCUGAUGAGUCGGCAACCAUAGUGAUUCGCAAUAUUACAGGUGCUACAUGUGGUCGUCUUAUGAGAUUGAAACUUUUCUGUAGGAAAUGGCAGACUACCUACAAGCAGAAGCUUCUUUCGGGUAAUUAUACUACUUAUGAGCUUGAGUAA